UGCUCAAGAGUUCCAGCUUCAACAGUGAGUGCACUAAAUCGUUUCUAGUUUCUGACCAUGGUGAGCCCAGCGAUGCUGAAGGGUAUGAACACGGAGGUGUAUGGGGAGGGCCACCCCUUCGGGGACCCAUCCUGGUAUCAGGCCUACAACACGCCCUACUACAAUGACACCCACAAGCAGUUCCGAAAGCUGAUGCGUGAGUACGUGGAUGAGCACAUCAUGAGCAAUGUGCAUGACUGGGAUGAGAAGGGCACUAUCCCAAAGGAGAUGUACCUGGAGGCUGGAAAGCAGGGUACUCUUGCAUUGUGCAUUGGCAGGCCGUGGCCUGAGAAGUACUUUGGUCCAUCUCCUUGGGGAUUUGAGCCAGACUACUUCCAUGAGCUCAUCAUGUACGACGAGAUGUCUCGUACUGGCUCUGUGGGCUUUCAGUGGGGCGUUGCUGGAGGCACCACCAUCGGACUGCCUCCUGUGUACCACCAUGGAAGCGAGGAGCUGAAGCAGCGUGUCAUGCCACCAUGUGUCAAGGGAGAGAAGGUUUGCUGCCUGGCAAUCACAGAGCCCACAGCAGGCAGUGAUGUGGCAAACUUGAAGUGCACCGCCAAGCUGGAGGGUGACCACUACAUCCUGAACGGAGAGAAGAAGUGGAUCACCAACGGCAUUUUUGCAGACUACUUCACUGUGGCAUGCCGCACUGGCAAGCCAGGAGUGGGUGGUAUCAGCUUGCUGCUGGUUGAGAAGGGCAUGCCUGGCCUUGAGACCAGAAAGAUGAAGUGCUCUGGUGCCUGGUCAUCUGGCACAACAUACAUCACCUUUGAUGAUGUCAAGGUUCCAAAGGGCAACUUGCUUGGCAAAGAGGGCAAAGGCUUCCAGUACAUGAUGCAGAAUUUCAACCAUGAGCGAUUUGCCUUCUGUGCCAUGAGCACUCGCUUUGCCCGAGUUUGCCUGGAGGACUCCCUGAAGUUUGCUGGCAAGCGCAAGACCUUUGGCAAGACUCUGAUCCAGCACCCAGUGAUUCGCUGGAAGGUUGCAGAAAUGGCCCGCCAGAUUGAGGCAACUCACAACUGGUUGGAGUGGAUCACCUACCAGCUGAAGACCAUGCCCAAGAUAGAGGCCAUGCUGAAGCUGGGAGGCCACACAGCUCUUUGCAAGGUGCAGUGCACCAAAGUCAUGGAAUACUGUGCCCGCGAAGCAGCUCAGAUCUUCGGUGGAUUGUCCUAUUCCCGCGGUGGUCAGGGUGAGAAGGUGGAGCGUCUGAACCGUGAGGUUCGCGCCAUGGCCAUCCCAGGAGGCUCUGAGGAGAUCAUGUUGGACUUGGGAGUGAAGCAGUCCACCAAGCUUGCAGAGAUGGCCAAGAUGUUCGCUGAGGCUGCACCUCAGGCUCAAGCAGCCAAGCUUUGAGCACGCCCUGUGCAGAUCAAGGCUAGAAGAUCUGGAGACCUGAGUAAGAUAAUCCAUCAGCUUCGUAGACUUCUUAUGUUUCAGUUGCAGCGAAGCAACUCGAUCGUCAACGCUUCAGAGGGAACCUCUAAGAACGGGGAGCCUCUGGAAGAUGUUUCGAGCUUCUUUUCAUUGAAAAAGCGAGCAAGAGAGGCCCAUGUGAAGCUGCCUCUAAGGGGUCUGUUUUGUCUGCCCACUUGCCACUGCAGAUUGGCCGAGGCUUGGCAAGUUACAGAUGGAUCAUGAGGGCCGGGAUCCACCUGUUCCAGUGGAGAUGGAACAAUCUUGUGGGUGAUUUGAAGCAUUUGCUUUCUAUUCCCGUCUCCCAAGAAUGAUAGCACUGUAUUCGAUACUCAUUUUUUGGGGGGGUCAAGCAUGGAUGCAGUGCCAGGCCCAAGGCUAAAGCAACGUAUCAGCCGUUCAGGUUUACGAAGUUUACGAGUAUGCCACUGGAUCUGCCAUCUCUGGGUCCUCGGAGAAAUCCUCUUGAAAAGAUCAGCUCUUUGUGAAGCUCACGUGGCGACCAGGUGCUGUGCACGAUGGAAGCAAAAAACAGAGACGGGGGAUAGUUGUG